AUGAAUGCUAACGAUUUUCUCGCUCAACUUGCCGGAAUCAACGUUGCUCCGGAGGUAGUUGAAAACGAAGAAGAACCAGGGGACUAUGAAGAAAUAAGUUAUGAAGAAGUGGAUGCAGAACAGUUCGAUACAUUUGAAGUAAGAGCAUCUCGUCCAGGAAACUCGAAACGCAGAGUUUCUCGAGGAAGAGUAGCUCAACGAGAACUUCAGAGUCUUCAAUUUGACAACCCGGGAGGUGAAAUGGUCAGAUUUUUGCCGGAUUCUGCAGAUAUAGUGAACGCUAAUCGUUCUCGACGAAACUACACUGAAAAACAAGCUGAAAUAAGAGAGGAAGCAAUUCAUCACGACAAAACUGGAAAGUUAUCAACCACAACGAAAGGGCAAACAGAAGUUAUUGAUUUAUGUGAUUGCUUGAACCCGGACUGUGAUGGAUGUCACUGGCCAUGUGCUACGUGCAAAUCUCGCAAAUGUGUGUUCCAGUGUCGUCAAGGCCGCAGGGAUAUGAUCGCGAGAGUAGAAGAGAUGUUCACUGUUGAAGGCACAAAGGAGCAUGCGUCAGCCACGAAUCCCUAUUUCCCAUAUGUCAUCAAAGAUUAA